AUGGCUACCUUUGAAAGGAUGCUAUCCGAGGGAAUUCAACCCGACACCGUCACCUGGAAUACGCUUAUAGAUUGUCAUUGCAAGUCAGGCCACCAUAAAAGGGCAGAGGAAUUAUUUGAGGAAAUGCACCAAAGUGGGUGCGCCCCUUGCGCCACCACCUAUAACAUCAUGAUAAAUUCCUUUGGGGAGCAGCAGAGAUGGGUUGAGGUGAAGGGCUUGUUGGGGAAGAUGCAGGCUCAGGGUUUACUGCCCAACAUAGUUACCUAUACCACCCUAAUUGAUAUUUAUGGAAAGUCGGGGAGAUUUAAUGAUGCAAUAGAGUGCUUGGAGGUCAUGAAGUCUGCAGGCUUGAAACCAUCCCCGACUAUGUACAAUGCCUUAAUUAAUGCCUAUGCACAAAGAGGUUUGUCUGAGCAAGCACUGAAUGCAUUUAGGGUCAUGAGAGCAGAUGGCUUAAAACCCAGUCUCUUAGCUCUCAAUUCAUUAAUCAAUGCAUUUGGUGAAGAUAGAAGGGAUGCUGAGGCCUUUUCUGUGUUGCAGUACAUGAAGGAAAAUGACCUGAAACCAGAUGUAGUUACAUAUACUACACUUAUGAAAACCCUUAUCCGUGUUGAUAAAUUUUACAAGGUUCCAGCUGUGUAUGAAGAAAUGAUUCUGUCUAGAUGCACUCCAGAUAGGAAAGCCAGGGCAAUGUUGCGGAACCAUGAUUUAGGCUGGCCAUCAUGCAAUGGAAUUCAACCUCAAGGACGAUCAUGUUCCAGAGUUUGGGAAGAAAGAGACCUGCCACACCCUCUUAACAAACACGAGAACAGUUGA